GUACCCUCAAUGGGGGACAUAGUGCCCGAAGCCACGAUUCGUGCUCUAUGUCUUAAGCAGCUCAAUCUCAAGGCUGAUCAUCAGAUUCCGCCAAUCUACCUAGAAGAAGUUAAGAGUCAUAUAAUUGACUUUUACCCACACGACACGAGUUUCACUAUCUCUUUUCAACGUGGCUUGGGCUACGGUGUCGCCAUCUGCCGCGAAAAUGGCUGCAAUAACAUUGCCAUUCCUCUCGGCUCCAAUCCAAAGAUACCUGACGGUGGCAAGGCAUUGGGCUUUGGUUCUUUAUUCGCAUAUCGUGCUCAUCUAGCACGUCACCCCAACCACAGGAUAGCACGGGAAGCAAGACUGCGUAGAACAGUCCAACACCAAUCAAGCGUUUUGAAUGCUCACAAUGGCAACGGCAAUACCACCGAUGUUCACUCUACCAUCUCCAUCAAGCAGGAGCCCGGAGAUCUUGGCAUUCCCCGUAAACGCACCAGCGACAACGUGUUCCUUAAAGGGGCGUCAGCUCAUUUGAAGAAGAAAAUCAAACGGGAAAAUACCAACCCUCUUCUUCAGACUGAAUCUGUUGAAGACAUUCGUCUCAAGAUCAACGAUAUCCAGCAAAACUUGUCGCAUAAGCAGACUUUGUUGGACAGAGUCUUGCGGGCCAACGCGGCGAAAACUAAGGCGGGACAGACACGGAUAACCAAUCUCCGGGGUGAAAUUCGUCAACUCCGCAGCCAGAAAGAAAGUUAUGAUGCAUUGCUUCCACGAGCAACAUCUCCGGUGAAGCGAACAUCAUCGCUCGUCAAGAGUGAAUUCGACUCUGAGCCUCUCAUCAAGAGUGAUUUCGCCACUCAACUAGCUUCAAUCAAGGCUGAGUCGAGCAAAGCGGCAAAUCGAAAGUCAGAAGACCAGAAACUUGUUACCGCUGGCACAAAUGUUUCCUUCGGUGCAGAUGACGAUGAAAUGGAUGUGGAUCCUUCCGCCAUCGUUAAUAAUUUUGCUCACCUGAUUCCUCAAAUCGCACCUAUCGCGGGCGCAGAUAAUCGCGAUGAAAAUGGUGACUACCAUGGCCGGGGCCGUGACAUGUUCGUCGGUCCACAGGCCAAGGCUGAUGACAUCGACAAAUUUCUCGUCGCAGCGGGAAACGCAGAGCUGUUUGAUGGUAAUUCCACAAUAGAGGAUGCGCUGCAGAAGCUAGAUCUAGAGAGCACGCACGACUUAAUUCCUGGGCUUGACAUCGCAUUAAUGCCCCAUCAGCUGUUGGGUGUAUCAUGGAUGGUCGCCAACGAGAGAAAGAAAGCCGUUUCAGGGGGUAUGCUGGCGGACGAAAUGGGUCUAGGAAAGACUGUCCAGAUGAUUGCCACGAUGGCAAAAAAUCCUUCCCAGGACCAAAAAUGCAAAACUACCUUAAUUCUUUGUCCAUUAGCUCUUCUUGCCCAAUGGCGACAGGAGAUCGCGACCAAAGUGAAUGCUAAUUGGAAUGUGCUCACUUAUCAUGGUUCUAACAAACCGCGGCGCAAAGCUGAUUUGUUGGCUUACGAUGUUGUCCUUACCACUUAUGGAACAAUGGCAUUGGAGUGGCCAGACCUUGAGGCUGAAAUAAAGAAGAAGGAAAAGGCAAAAAGCAAGAAGCCAACGGACAUAUUCAUCGUGUCUGACUCUGACAAUGAUUCGGACGUCCCAAAGACAAGAAAGAAAAAGGACCGCGGACUCCUCUUCCAAGUGGACUUUUAUCGUAUCGUCUUAGACGAAGCACAGAACAUCAGGAACAAGCGCACACGUGCGGGAUCCGUGAUUCUAUUGACUGCUAUUGUCAUUGACAUACCCUCAGGUGUCUCUCGCGCUGUAACAGAUCUCAGCUCUCGACUCCGGUGGUGUCUGACCGCUACACCGAUUGUCAAUGGACUACUUGACAUGUAUGGACCAAUCCGUUUUCUACAGAUCCGCCCGUGGUACGAUUUCUCCGAGUUUAACGGCCAUAUCGCCAAGCACGAAAAGAAGAGCCCGCAAUUGGCUGUCACCCGCUUGCAAACCGUUUUGAACCUUUUUUUACUUCGGCGCAUGAAAACAAGCAUGCUAGAUGGUCAAAAACUGAUCGAACUUCCGGAGAAGACAAUUGACCUCGUCAGCCUUGAUUUUUCCCCUGAAGAACGUGAACUUUAUACCCAGGAAUGUUUCCCGAUAUGUCUAUUUCACUUUCCUGACGUUGAUCGGCAGGUUGAGACCGCGCAGCAAGCAAAAUUCAAUAAAUUUCUCCGUGAGGGAACUGUACUCAAAAAUUAUACUUCAGUUCUUGUUCUUCUCCUUCGCCUCCGCCAGCUUUGUUCGCAUCCUGCUCUUAUUCAAGAAAACGGCAGCCAUCUUCUCGCGCCUAAACGUUCUAAUUUCAAUGACGUGCUGUCGCGCGCUCGUCAAGAAGUUUCCGCAGAGUUUGUCAAAAAAAUGAAGGAAAGAUAUGCAGAUUUGGCCCUGCGGCGUAUCGCAGCCGAAAAAGAGUCAACGGACGCCGUUAUUGAGGUCGACGACUGCCCGAUUUGCUUCGACGUCCUCACAGAGACAGUUGUGACCGCUUGUGGCCACGAAUUCUGCCAUGAUUGCAUCGUCAACUUCCUUCAAACGACCCCACCGGAGGAAAACAGUGGUCUAAAGGCAACCCAACGACCUUGUCCGGCCUGUCGUUCACCGAUUUCUUCCGACAAACUCUUCCCUGUUGCUGCGUUUGAGCCCACUGAUGAAGAUAUCAAGGACGAAGAGACUUCUGACAUCGAAAUGUCGCCAAUCAAGCCUCGACGGCGACGUGCCCGCAAGGCGACAUCUCGCAAGAUUGUGUUGAACUCGUCUGAAGAAGAGGAUACUUCCGAUGAUGAUGACUUGUCCGACUUUAUCGUGCAGAGCGACGGGGACACAGACUCGAAGGAUGCCAAACAGAUUCGCCCAACUCGAAACAAGCGUCGAACCAUGGUUGUCAUUGAUUCAGAUUCGGAUGAAGAACUCGAAAAGGAGAUCCUCUGCGGACAUCGCCAGCAGAAGCGCACCAAAGCGGAAAUGAAGUCCAUGCCGACAGUUUUGGCUUCCACCAAGUUGCAAAACAUGAUGGAAUAUAUCAAGAAACUUGCUCUAGAGAAGCCAGAUGAAAAGACGCUGGUCGUUUCCCAAUGGACGAGUUGUUUGAAAAUCGUAUCAGAUUAUCUCGACCUGAAUGAUAUUGGUCAUGUCAAAUACCAGGGCGAUAUGACCACCACACAGCGCGAAAAGGCAGUGACCGUAUUCAUGUCGAAGGACAAGGCACGUGUCCUACUCAUGUCCCUCAAGUGCGGUGGAGUUGGCCUCAAUCUCACUCGAGCAUCCCACGUAAUCUCUUUGGACCUUGGGUGGUCUCCUGCUAUCGACAAUCAAGCUUUCGAUCGUGUUCACCGCCUGGGCCAACAACGCCCCGUUACUGUUCGUCGUCUUGUCAUUCAGAAUACCGUGGAAGAUCGCAUACUUGCCUUGCAAGAACGAAAGCAAAACCUCGCCGAUGGCUCACUUGGGGAAGGCAAAGGCAAGAAGCUGGGUCGUCUCACCGUUAAAGAGCUCGCCAACCUGUUUGGUCUGGAUUCGCGGGGUCGCGUACUGGCGAAAGAUUAG